UUCUAUUUUUCACUUUAAAGUAUAGUUUGAGGUAAAAAGUUUCAAAUUCUAUUCUAUUUUUCACACUAUAACUAGAGUAAAAAUUUGGUGAACAAUAAAAAACUAAGUAAAAUUUUGUGUUAAGAAAACUCGAGUAAAAAAAUUGGUUAAAUCUAUUUAUAAAUUAACUCAUUUAUUGUUUGUUCAUUAUUUUAUUUUUAUAAUCUAAAAUAAAGUAAUAAGGGAAUAAAAUCUAAUUCUAAUAUAAAAUUAAUCUAUUUUGAAGAAAAAGUAGAAGGAUCCAUUGGAGAUAAUUUUAUGUUACUCGUUUAAAACUGAAUGUUUUAUGGAUUAUUAAAAUAUCUUAAAAGUAAGAAUUCGUAUUAAAAAUCAACAACAUAAGAAUUCGUAUAAUCAGCAACAUUCGUACGUCUCUUAAAUUCAUAGGGUUGAUGUGUUAGUGGUGCCUAGAUCUUGUGUUUGUUUGUUCAAAGUCAACAAUUAUUUAUUCCCAAAAUGUGCCAGUCAACCCAUUACUGAAUUGAAUAAUGACUUAGAAUUUAUGAAUUAUUUUUAUAGAAGAAAAUCCGUAUAUUAUCUUUCUAUUCAAAACGAUGAGAAUAAAAUAAAGUCUAACCAACAAAAUUUAAAGGAAAUAAAAUCUCGGUGUGGAUAACAAAAUUCAACAUUAAGAUUAUGAAAAAUGAUACAUUUGAUUUUUUUAAAAGAACGAAUAUAGACUAUACAUUUUUUUAACUUUAUCUGAUGCGUUCCAAAAGAGGUAAGAGUAUCUCCAAAAUAUCAUGACCAUUGACGUUUGUUUGUGUAUAUAACAUUAAUGUCAUUUACUCUUCUUUGAUUCUGCUUGUAACUCUUUGCUCUCAUCCUCCAUUUCUCCUCUCAAAAUGAAAAGCUUUGACGCGGUGCAUAAUCCCUCUGCGGUGGAAUCCGCUGACGCCAACGUCGACGAUGAUGGUCGGGAGAAGAGAACGGGGACGUUGAUGACGGCGAGUGCGCACAUAAUCACGGCUGUGAUAGGUUCCGGAGUGUUGUCGUUGGCUUGGGCUAUAGCACAACUUGGUUGGGUGGCAGGAACAUUGAUUCUUGUAACUUUUGCCGUCGUCAAUUACUACACAUCCACUAUGCUCGCCGAUUGUUAUAGAUCGGACGCCGGAGCUCGCAACUAUACGUACAUGGACGUCGUUCGAUCUUACCUUGGUGGUAGGAAAGUGCAGUUAUGUGGACUGGCACAAUACGGGUGUCUCGUAGGGGUCACUAUUGGUUACACCAUCACUGCAUCUAUAAGUUUAGUAGCGAUUUGGAAAGCAACUUGUUUUCAUAAAAAAGGACAUGGUGCGAAAUGCUCCAUCCCAAAUUAUCCAUUCAUGGUGGCCUUCGGGGUCGUGGAAAUUUUUCUUAGUCAGCUUCCUAAUUUUCACAAGCUCUCUUUUCUCUCCAUUAUCGCCGCCAUUAUGUCAUUCUCUUAUGCGUCUAUCGGAAUUGGUUUAGCCAUUUCCGUUGUGGCAAGUGGAAAGGUUGGUAAGACGAGUGUGACGGGCACGGUGGUUGGAGUGGACGUGACCGCAUCUGACAAAAUAUGGAAGGCGUUUCAAGCAACUGGAGACAUUGCAUUUUCAUACUCUUUUUCCACUAUUCUCGUUGAGAUUCAGGAUACAUUGAGAUCAAGCCCACCAGAAAACAAAGUCAUGAAAAAAGCAACACUUGCCGGAGUCUCAACUACAACUGUUUUCUACAUCUUAUGUGGCUGCAUGGGAUAUGCUGCAUUUGGAAACCGAGCCCCCGGAGACUUCCUUACUGACUUUGGUUUUUAUGAACCUUACUGGCUCAUCAAUUUUGCCAAUGCUUGCAUCGUCCUCCACCUAAUUGCAGCCUAUCAGGUGUUUGCACAACCAAUUUUCCAACUUGUUGAGAACAAAUGCAACAAAGCAUGGCCAGAAAACAAUUUCAUCAACAAAGAACAUUCGAUAAACAUACCAUUCCUCGGAAAAUGGCGCAUCAACUUCUUCAGACUGGUGUGGAGGACAGCAUAUGUGAUUUUGACAACAUUUGUUGCAGUGAUAUUCCCCUUCUUCAACUCGAUCUUGGGCCUUAUCGGAGCAACAGCAUUCUGGCCGCUAACAGUUUACUUCCCAGUGGAGAUGCACAUCUCGCAGAGAAAGGUUAAGAAGUAUUCUAUGAAAUGGAAUGCGUUGAAACUCCUUAUAUCGGUUUGUUUGAUUGUUUCGCUCCUAGCUGCAAUAGGAUCCAUUGUCGGCUUGAUAAAUAGUGUCAAGGCAUACAAGCCUUUCCAUAGUUAAGAUUAGUUAUUUGUAUCCUAAGCUAUCUGAAUUUUGUGGGAACUAUUUCUUUCAAUAAAAACAGUUUGUAGUGUUGGUGCAUGUCUGUCUGUCUUAAAGAGUUAACGGCGUUGGCCCAAACGCUCGCUUGUCCGGUGCGGUUUCGUCCGCUUAUUUAGAAUAUUACUAGUAUACUAUUAUGUGAUCAGAAAGGCUUACUUUUGAAGAAUGUAGAAACAGAUUUUCUUUGAAGUGUUCAAGGAAACAUUCAUAUUAUCAGUAUGUAAUUAAUGUUUUUUACAAAAAUCUCAAUCAUAUAUGGGAAUUGAACUAAUAUUUUGUAUUGUUCCCUUAAAUAAAAGGUAAGAAGACUAAGAGAAAAAUAAAAAAAAUUAUAAAUGGGAAGGAAAGCUUUUGUGAAUAAAUAUAUGUUGGUCAAUUCAACAGUACGAAAGCCAAAAGGAGAAGGAGAAGGAGAAGGAGAGUGUUCAAGGGAGAAACUAGAUCACUCCUUUAUCUCUAUGGUGUAAUUUGUCUGAGGUCUAAUAUUUGUAUUUCACUUGUUGGUUAAUGAAAAGUUCAUGUUGAGCAAAAAAACAAUGGGAGAAGGAGAGUGAAACCAAAGGAUCAAAGUUCAUGUCUUUUUAUACUCGAACAAAUUAUAAGUGUUAAAUACACUUAAACUAAAAAUUAAUUUGAAUUGUAGACCUGAAUUAUCAACCAUUAUGUUCGGCAAACUGACGUCAUUUUAUAAUGGAUAAAAUCUUGAAAAAGUUGCAAUAGCUGCAGAUCGAACCAUGGUCCCGACGAUAACAAUCAAAUUUACAUACUACUGUGCUACGACAAAAUAUAUUGUUUGAUUAUUAGAUUUAAAAAAUAUGUAGACUUUGAUAUUCUAAGAUAAGAAUUAUUUUUGCUUACACAUUUUAUUUAAUUCAAAUAUAGUUGCAUCAGUAAUUUAUGUAUUUAAAAAAAUUUAGAUUGUUAUACAUGUAAUAAAAUAGAAAAUGAUAUUUCAUAAAUUAUUCAAUCUAAUUUUAAAAUGACAUUUCUCAACUAGUUAUCUAAAUUCAAAUAUUUAAAAUUAAAGAGUCUAUAUAUAACAGUGAUUACAAUUUUUUCUUAAAGAUCAAAACUUAAAUUUUAAAAUAAACACUAUAAAUAAAUCUAAAUAAAAUUAUAUAAAAAUUAAAAUACAUAGAUUUACUUUAAGCUUUAUAAAUUAGAAUUACAUCUAUAAUCU